AAGUUAUAUAAAAUAAUUUUAUAUAUUUGCCAGAACUUCACUUUGAGAUAUUAUCAUAAUGAGAUUGCUCUUAUAUCGGUAGAUAUCAAGAGCUAUUGUUACAUUUCAUCAUAGAUUUAGUAAGAGCUACAUGUUUAUGGCAAACUCUUGUUUACUUUAUGCAGCCUUUUGUGUUAUUUUGCUCGAUCUGGGAUAUUAUUAGCAUUCAUAUACAGAAAAUGAAUAACUUUAACCGCAAGAUUGCAUUAUUUUUUUAUGAAUUUACUACGUACUUACUCAAAACGAAAUUCAAUAAUUAUACAUCCACACCCACAUGCAAGUUUUAAGAAACAAACAAAAAGUUCCUCACCACAUUAUCUCACUCGCAUGAAUCCAAAUGCUCCUCCAACCUCACAUUAUUUAACAUUACACAUUUAAUAAUUUUCUCAGAGAAAAGAAAUAAUAAGAGACAUAUGUCUCCAUGUAUAUCUAUAUAAACAUCCAAGAAAGACCAUAUGUAUAUGAAUAAUAUAACCUUAAAUGCAGAAAAACCAGAGACUCUCACAACAAAGAGUUUAUUAGUCUGAUCUAAGUCGUCUGAUCACUUUCCACCAGCAAAUGAUGUCUUCAUCAUCAUCAUCAGCCACCGAUACUAUCACUAAGCCGUCCUCAUUGCUCUUGGUGGAGUCAGUCACAUGCGACACGUGCGGUUUUGCAGAAGAAUGCACGCUGGCUUAUAUCCACCGCGUCAAGGAACGGCACAAGGGACACUGGCUUUGUGGGCUCUGCGCAGAGGCGGUUAAGGACGAGGUGGUUCGGUCCCCAACUAGAAUCUCCGUCGAGGAAGCUCUCCUCCGCCACACGACGUUCUGCCACCGUUUCCGUUCGGGGAGUCCAGACGUGGAGGAAGAUCCAAUAUCAGUCAUUGGAAGGAUUCUACGGCGGAGCCUCGACGGCUCUCCACGGAGGACCACCACGAGGUCGAGCUCGAGCGGGGCGUUGCCGGGGAUCGAUGGCGUAGCGUCACGACGGUCGCUUCUCCGAGCUGGCAGCUGUUUCCCGUCUCUCUCUACUUGAUUAAAUCUGUUAAAUGUAAAUUUUUGCUUACUGUUUUUCGUUAAAUUUUAUUAAAUAAUGCUAUUUUGUAUUUAAUUACAUUUUAGAUGGAGAAGAAAGGGUUGGAAUCCGAGGAUGUGAACUCCUAUGACGUUAGUCUUUCUUCAUAAGUGAGUUUAAUAAAAUGGUUAAUGAGCACAUUCAUAUUAUGCAUGUGCUCUCUAGA